AUGGAUUCAACUAUAACUUCAGCACCAGCUCCAUGGACAUUAACUGGUGAUAUGUAUUUUUUUGUUCAUGGUACACGUUCAUUAUGUGAUGGUUUUAAUGAAAAAUCUGAUUCUACUGCUCAAUUUACUGGUGGUUUAGGUGGUAUUAUGCUUGUUCGAUAUCAUUCAUCACCUGUUGGUCCCUAUGAUGAAUUAUUCAUUAUACCCUGCU